AUGUUCUGUUUACGGAGCUGGCUCCCGCUCCUCUUUAUCCCGACCAACGCCUCGCCGGCCUUCAUCUUCCUCUUCUUCAUCUGCACCUAUUUCCUCAACCGGCCCUGCGUCUACUGCAGCUUCCUGCUCUUGAUCCUCUUCCUCACCUCGUGCAACUGGUCCGACCGCUGCUUCUUCGACUUCAGCAGCAACUGGUUCCAACCCCGCCCGCCUACCUCCCUCCCGCUCCCCGAGCUCGAUCCGAAUACCAGCUUCAACGCCUCCGUGGUGGAAGUCAUCAACUCGACAGCCAGCGCUCUGGCCGGGGCUGCGGCUGAAGAACUCGCGCGGCAGAGACGGGAGUGGACGGGUUUGGGCAUCGAGUGGCUGCGUAGUCUGCUGGGCCGGAGGGAAUGGCGGGUCGAUUGCCUUGACAUCAACAUCCGCUUGUAG